GUGUGUGUGUGUGUGUGUGUGUGAACGGAGGCACACAUAGCGGGGGUUGGGAGGAGCGCCCCCGUGCGGCGGGGCCCGCUAUGGACGCAUAGCAACGCUGCGAGUCUCUGGUUGCCAAGCGCUGCGGUGAAAACACACCGAGGGUUAGUUUGGAGAUCAGUUACGGCGCUUCCCGGGAACAUCUCAGAAACCUUCGCGGAGAUUUAAACGGAGCUCCGGACGCGGCUGUUUUGAGGAAACGACAUCAAGCGAGCGCCAGCCGAGGAACCGCCUGGGCCCACAUGGCACACCUGGCUACGGGCAGAGCGGCAGGGAGCCUGCAGACGAGCGAGGACCCCAAGGUCGAGCAGGAGCGCGCGUCUGCGCUGGCAGCGCGGAGGCACGUCGGCUCCUUCUUCAACAAGUACAACGCGGACCAAGUCCGGGAGCUCCUGAGCCUCACCGGCUGCAGCUGGCUGCUGCCCGCCGACGAUCUCAGGCUGCCCGCGGACCCACCUCCCGGCCUCGUAAAGGAGAUGAGGGACUUCCCCCGGUCGACCGUGGUCAUUCUCACGCCCGCCGACCCACGGGCGCCCCUGGACUUCAAGGUGAUCCACCAGAUUGUCAGGGAGCUCACGGUCGGCAUCUACUGCUUCAACCAGGUGCCCUUCAUCAGCCUGGAGGCCAACUACGACCAGAGCACCUCCUGCCGGCUGACCCCAGCCUACGUUCACACCAAGGUGGGCCAGAUCUUCACAGAGCUGGACUACAGCAUCAAGGCCCUGUGGCACGGAGCCGCCUUCCCCAAGGAGAAGCGCGUUCGCUUCUCGGAGCUCUGGAGGUCCAUCGUGGGGGCGGACGCCAGUGGGGCGUCCCACACCCACAAGGACGCGCUCAAGGAGUUUCUUGCGGCCGGGCUAACGGACGUUUCCGAGGACCCGUCCUACAAAGGCAUCUAUAGAGAGAGCGUGGGCUGCGACCCCACCUACGACCCCAGCAGCCCGGAGGAGGAGCAGCUCUUCCGCCGCCACGUGGACGGCGUCGUGCUGAAGCUGACGGCACACCUGUCCGCGGUGCGCCGGUCUGCCAACCUCUUCCUGUUCGAGGGCCUCCACGGCCUGAGCGCGGCGGUGCGGAUCCCCGAGGACGGGCUGGAGCCGGGCGCCCGCCGGAGGCUGCGGCAGCGACUGGCUCCGCAGGAGGCGCUGCUGAGGAGGUGUCUGGAGCGCAAAGCGGAGACCCGCGAGGGCCUGGCGUACCUGCGCCUCGUCGCCUUCCUGGUGCCCCUCCUGGUGGCGCUCAAGAGGACGAAGAAGAUCCCGGAUGUGACGCGCUUGCUUCCCGCUUAUUCAGACGACAAGCUCAAGACGGAGGAGGAGCUUCCGCCGCUGCUCCUCGCGCCCGGGUUUGCUUGUAAGCACUUCCCGUACCGAGCGGACCGACACUUCCAUCUGCACGGCGGAAUCGAAGUGGAUGUCGGCUCCCCUCCUUUACAGGAACUCGAUGAAGAAAUGAAGGAAGCCAGUGCUGAACUGCAGAGCUUCGCCACAGACCAUCUAAGUGACCUUCUGCGGCAGGACAGCCCGUACAGAGAGCACCUCCCUGUUCCGGUUCGACACUUCCAGGGCAAAAGUUACCACGUGAUGGCCGUGGAGCUCACCGCCCUGUACCCGCAGCCCAACGGAACCCAGUGGUGGGAGGCCAUGAGCGGUGCCGUCAGGAGCCUCCGGGCCAAGAGGCUCCCGCUGACGGACGUCCAGCUGUACGAGCAGUUCAAGAAGACAUUUGGAUACAACGCAGCCCUAAAAUGCAAAAGCGUGGCGUUUGGGCUGAAGGCAGCAGUGGAGCGGGGCCUCGCUGCCGCCUUCCACUCCCUGUGCCGCAAAAACUCGCCGUCCCUCCUGGGCGCCCCGGAUGAGCAGGGCUACUCCCUGGCGCACCACGCCGCCAUCCACAACCGGGCACACGUCCUCUGCCAGCUGGCCGCCAUGGGACUGAGCCUGAACCAGGCGCACAGCGAGAGACCGACCCGUCCAGGCGAGUCGUCCUCCGCACAUACGACCACUGCUAGCGGACGCAUCAAAGACUCUGCAGGAUUCACACCCCUGCACCUCGCAGCCCAGUGCGGCUCCCUGGAGGCCCUCAGCUGCCUGCUGGCGCUCCGCGCGGACUGCAAGCAGGCGGGCCGAAGGGGCUGGAUGGCCGUGCACUUCGCCGCCUACUACGGUCAGGUCCCCUGCCUCAGGGCGCUGUGCAGGAAGGACCCGGCGCUCGCGGUCAUACCGACCACAGCACAGUACCAAACAUAUCCCUUGCUUCUGGCCGCGUCCUCGGGCUCAGUGGACGCUCUGGAUUAUCUACUGUCCAUUGGCACAGACUGGAGGCAGAGAGACAGCGAGGGGAACAACAUAGUCCACCUGGCAGCGCUCUACUUCCACACCCACGUCCUGAGGCAUUUCCUACAACUGAACCUCGAUGAACUUCCAGUGUGGAGACUUCUGAUUGAAAUGCUGAGGAGCAAAGACCAACAGAGAGUGGAGAUGAGCAUCAGGUGCCUCGAAGUCCUCAGUCUGACUGUUGAUUCCUUCUGGAAAGAUCUCAUGGAUGCAGAUGGGAUCCCAGCUCUGCUGGAGCUCCUGGGCAGCGCACAACCAGAACUGCAGUGCAUGGUACUGGCAGUGUUGUGCCACAUGUCGGAGAGGACUGUGGUGCGUGAGGCACUGAUGCAAAAUGGAGCAGCAGCUCUACUGGUGGACCUUCUGGGCAGUGAUCUGCCGGAGCUCCAGUCUCGUUGUGCAGUCGUCCUGGGAGACUUGGCAGCACACAGCGAGCACGGUCAGGUCCUCAUCGCCCAACUGGGUGGGGUGGCCCCCUUGAUCCUGCUCCUGGGCUCCGAUGUGCACGAUGUACUGGUGAAUGUGGUUUGCUGCAUUCGGGUCCUGUGUCUGGGCAGGGUGGACAAUCAAACCACGGUAGCUGAAGAAAAAGGCAUCCUGCCACUCGUGAAGCUCCUGACCAUGCCCUCAGAGGUGCUUCAGGAGGAGUCCUGCGCUGCGCUAGCAGUGCUGGCUCGUGGCCACGCUGGGAACCAGGAUGCGAUCUGCGCAGCAGGUGCAACCGGGGUCCUAGUGGAGAUCCUACGGAGCAGGAAGAUGACAGCGCAGGUGAAGGCUGCCAGUGCCCUGGAGGCUCUUGUUGAAGACAACGCCACCAAUCAGGACCGCUUUCGAAAGCUGUCUGCCGCCGACCAACUGCUUCGGCUCCUAAAGGUGUUCCAGCUCGAAGUGAGGGAACAGGGGGCUGCGUCCCUUUGGGCAUUGGCCGGACAGACUCCAAAGCAGCAGAAGCUGAUGGCAGAGCUGAUGGGCUACCACUUCAUCCUUGACCUCCUCCUCGCCCAGUCAGACAGGAUGCAAUAUGUCGGUUGCCAAGCAGCGAUGGCCUUGAGUCGGGAGAACAGGAGCCACCAAGAUGGCCUUUGCCAAGAGGAGGUGGUGCCUCCGCUGGUACGUCUGCUCCGCGGGUCCCGUACUACCGAGAAGACCCUCCUGAGUGUCAUCGGUGCCCUUGGCACCCUGUGUACUGGUGUUGGCCACACCAGCAACCGAAAGAGUCAGACGAUGGUUGCAGAGGAGAACGCUAUCCCUAUUCUGGUGCACCUGUUCAAGCACCAUGAGUCUCUGCAGGUUAAGGUCCAGGUCGCUCAAACGCUGGCCUGCAUUACACUGGGAAACCCAAAGCUUCAGGCAAUGCUCUGGAAUCAAGGAGAUUUCACCUACACAGCUCUCCUGGAGCUCCAGCGAACAGAAGACCAGGACAUGUGCUUGGAAGCAGGACACGCUCUUUCUGUGUUUGCGUACAACAACACAGCUCAGCAGCUGAUGAUGUUGCAAGCCGGAGGUCUAUCCAUGGAAGUGUACGAGCCAUUCCUGCAGUCAUCACGGGAGGUUGAGAGAGCAAAAGCUGCAUUUCAGACGGUGAUCCUUGCUAAAGUGAUCACAGGCACAGACCACGUGACUUUAUCAGCGAGAGGAGUGACCGUCCUUGUGGAGCUGCUCUGUUCCAGAAGCCCUGGAACCGUGACCCUCACAGCUCAGCUUCUCACCAGUCUGGCUCACACACGGCCUGGAAUACCUGACGCCAUCGUCACCAUGGGGGCGGUCGAGCAGCUGUGUUCUCACCUGUACUCAGACGUCGAGGAGACACGAACAGCUUGUGCCUGCGUUCUCGGCUACCUGUCCUUCAAUCGCCACGCACAGCGCCUCCUGCUGGUGGAAUGCCGGAACGCUCCGGUAACCUACGACCUCUUAGUGGAACACCUCAGUGAAGAUAGCAGGAUAUCAAAAGUCUUCAUGGCUGAGUUCAAGAGACAGAAAUCUGUUGGGCUUCCCUCACAAAGGUACUCAGCGUACAGGCUUUGGGAGAGGUGCCGAGUUUCUACCGCGAUAUUUCACACUUUUUUUUAUUAUUACAGCUUAGAAAUCAAUGGGGGCGCAGCUGUACUUCAGCACAAAGCAGGCGGGCCAAGCACAACAAAGUCUGCUCAGCCUGUAAAGCGUCUUGGGACCCGAGGCCUGCGGUCCAAGUCGGCCCCCGUGAGGCUGGGAGGGCAAGUCCCAUCGAGGGCCCCCCCACACUUGGGCUGCUGACACUGGACACCCGGCAAGGAUGAAGCAAUCUGGAGAUGAUGCCUGCAGAGACCAGACUCAGGAACUAAACCGAACCCAACUAGGCUCCUGAAUGUUAAAAAUGUAUUCCAAUCAUCUGACAUUCUGUCUUUAUGAAUAAUAAGUUUUGAUAAACAAACAUUUUAUAUAGGGGGCAGCUGGAAGCAGUGGUUAGAGCUGCUGCCUUUGGACCCAAAGGUUGCAGAGUCAAACCCCACCUCCAGCUGCAGUACCCCUGAGCAAGGUCCAUAAGUAUAAC